AUGGAGUCAGCUAGUGGGUGGACGAUCAACUCUGCGGGUGAGAUCAUUAGACAGCCCCGGGCCUUAUCUUCCAGACCGCACACGGGGUACUACAAGCGUGCUACAUCACAAAUUGACAGCCAGUGCGAGUACAGUAGAACACCACACGUAGAUCACGCUAGUGAACCGAAUGGUGAUCAUUCUACAGCACCACACAAAAGUCAGUCUAAAUUAAAGUACGACAGUAGUCCCAAAGCAACACACGAAAGUCGUCCUAGCACUACGCCACACGAAAAUAUAAACAAAAUUCCACGGCACAGGCAUAUUUCAGAGGGAUAUAGUCACUCUAGAACUGCACACAGAAGUCAGCCUCGUGUGCCACACGAGAGUCAUAGCAAACCACUACACGAAAGUCACGGAAAGGUAUCACACGAGAUCUCACACGAGAGGUUAAACAAAGUACCACAGCAGAGGCACCCCUCAACGGGCAGGGCGCGUCCUCGUGUGUACGAUAAAAGCAAGACUAGAAGGGGUCUCAGUGAAUCAAGUACACUGAAUGCAGGCGAGACCAGCUAUCGGCAACCCGCUACAUACGCUGGAAGUACACACAAGCACUCAGUGAACGUAUGCACACCAACAACAGGAAAUACUCCUGAUAUAGUCGAUGACGACACCACAGAGAGCACGUCCAAUAAUGUGGCGACUACAACCAAAGCGGCGGCGAUGAGCGCGCCUGCAUAUCAGGUUAACGAAGGGGUUGGGGCGAAUAUGAAGGACUUACAAUUGCUAAGUCCAUCACCUGGGAGAACCAUGCGGGCGGCUUCACCCUUGCGUGCGCGAGCGUAUAGUAGCAACAGUGAGAUGAACCACAGCAGUUAUGAUGACACGUCGUCCGACGAUGGAGAUGAUAGUUGUUAUGAUGAACUUGGCGAGAAUACCCUGGAGAAGUGUGUAGAGGGCUUGGAGAGUAUCUUUAAUUCGGAUACUAUCAGUAGUCUCGGGGGCGAGCAUUUAGACAAAAAUCCACUGAGAUUGUUACGCAGUGAGCCCUUGCUUAAGGUUAUUAACAAGGGAGAAUACGAAACAGUGCAGAAGGUGAGGAAUAGUCAAGCAGGUGCACACAAUGGCAAAAGUACUGACAUCGAUACUAAGAAACGUAAUAGUAGCACAAAGACGGAUACAAGGAAACGCAACGGUAGUACAACUAACAACGACACGAAGAAAUGUGACAAUAGCACCAAUACCAACACAAGGGUACGUGGAGUUGGCAGCGGAGAGGCACUAAACAUCUUAGGUAUCUCCGAAGCUGCGGAACCUGCAAACGUUCUGUCAUCGCAUGUCAUCUCCACUGCCGUACCUUUGCCUGUGAACUCAGCAGGGAAAAAGAUUGUCAUACCCACCGAUUUGCCAGUGAUGGUGUGUCUCAAGAAACGACAAGUUAUUCUGAAAACCACGGCUGAGAAGAUGUCGCACAGCCAAGGCCGGCCAGAUGUAUCUUUGUACCGGUACAUCCUACUAAAACGCUUAUUCAACGCCAAUGUGAAGCGUAUAGAGACCGUUGUAGACCAAACGACGCAGUCUAUGAUGAUAAACAAGCAGGACAUGGCGAAGACGAGUAGAUGGAAAGCUAAGAGCACAGAGGGCACUAUGGCCAGUACAAGUACACGCCGCGCUUCACUGGAUCAGAGGGAACAAGAGGUAGACCGCAAUCACCACCAAGAUUUGACGAGGAAACAAGAUACAAGAAGGGGCAUGUCGUACAAGUACAACCAGAGCGCGUCAGGUACUAAGAGAGUCAUCCGCAUCCCAGCAGGUGGGGUAAGCCAGCAGGCACGGUUGUCCAUUAAGCAGCAGGUAGCGUGA